AUGCUGAAAAUUCUCGCGUUUUUCGUUUUUCUUUUGGUUGCACAUGGGUGUCGUCAUAAAGGGAAUGUGUACUCGAAUGGGGAAACUUGGGAUGAAAAUAAUGCUUUCCGAAUGCGUUGCGAUAUCGAUUCGAACGGUGGAUGGAAAACGGCCGUUGUUGGGUGUCUUGUCAAUGGAAAUCUUGUGAAAGUCGGCGAGAAGAAAACCAUCGGAGACAUAGUUCAUCAUUGUGACAGGCAAUCAAACGGACAAAUCAGCAUCCGACACACGAAGAGCGCGACGGCCGCCUGUGUGGAUGCUGAUGGGAAGAGACACUCUGUUGGUGAUAAAUGGGUGCAACGCACACACUUCGAGAUGCUCUGCGAGCCUGAAGGAAACACGAAAUUUGUCGGAUGUGUGGCUGAGGGUCAACACCUCGGUCCGAACUCAUCCAGAACGAUCCACGGAGUUCAGCAUCACUGCGACUCAAAGGUUGACGGCACUUUCCGCUACUACACUGGACCGAAACAG